CGCCAGCCUGAAGUAUAAAGCUGGGCCUUUACCCUCCCCGAAGCGCUUGACUUUUCGACAACCCACUCAGAUCCAUCAUCACCAUCGCUCAGAUCAGUGACUAUGUCGGACCACCACCAGCCCAGCACGAGUGGCUCUCGGGAAGUUGACGCAAGGCUAGAAUCUUCACCAUACACCAGCCCUUUCGUCGCUCUCUUCUUGCACAACAAAGAUACCCUAUACAUCCCCGGAGAGCUACUUAAAAAGUGCCCUAAAAUCGCCUCUCGCUGCAAAGUACGACCCAAGCUCCGAGACUUCGAAUACUGUGAAUCUGUUUUUUUGGAUGUGGCGCUUGACAUCGGCCAUAUCCUUGUUCACUUCCUGAUCACUGGGCGCUACCAGUGCCUCGAACCAAAACAAGCGACAACUUGUGAGAUGAAUGCGUCCAAGUUCACAACUGCGCUUCGGGUGUAUUCUGCGGCUCAAGAAUUCAACCUGCCCUUACUUGGCGACCUCGCAGAAGCAGAAAUACGCAGACUAGGUGAAGAACUGAGCGUGCCCCACAUCAUCGACAUCAUGGAAGGGGAAAAAGAAAACCCCUUUCAAACUCCAUGGAUUGCGCUCUACGUCGAAUCCAGAGUGCAAUCCUUCUUAACUAUUCCGACGCGCCAAUAUGCGAGACACCUGCUCUCUGAGCUGGGGACCCCUACCACGAGCAGUAAGCUCAUUCUCCGGAGUAUGGUCACGCUCCGGAGUAGAGAAUUGUUGCACGAAGAAGAGAAAAAGGGAGGAGAAGGUCUUAUGGGAGACCAGUCGGAGGCCGUCCAUGCCAUACCAACCAAGGACGAUGCAGAAUCUUCUUCGCAGUUAACCCAUUCUUCUACAAUCGACGGAAAACGGGUUUCACCCGAUACAUUACUCAUUCUGCCAAGGAUAGAUGUGCCCACGCCGAUCCCCGAUGCCACCACCGAUCAUCAAGCCAUAUGUGAAAACGAGCCGGCUCGAAUCAGUGACAGCUCAUAUACUGUGGUUCUAUCAAAGAAACAGAAGAAAAGACAAGCUAAGGAAGCAGAGCGAAGAAGAAAAGAAGAGAGGAAGCAAAAGAGACAAAUGGUAGGCUUCAUUGAUGUCAACAGGCUCCUGUUAGAUGAUGAGGAGUCUAUCCGACCUGCGUCGGUUUUGAGCGAAAAGUCAAGGACAUCCGAGACACGGAGCAUCAACUCUGAGUGGACGCUAUCUGACGACUUCCUUGCCGAAUUGGAGUAUGAAAUUGGGCGUUGAGCUAGCUGGAGUGCUAUUUUGAGCUGGUAAAUGCCCAAGACUUGGAACAGGCACACACCUCCUCUUUAAUUGAAGUACACAUUUGUCUUGCCUUUUAUCUUGGACAUUAAAUGGCCUGAUUCCAGGUCUUAUUGAUCGGAACUUUUUGCUGCAAGAAAAUAAGCU